AUGAGACGCAGCUUAGGGAAAUUCCCGUUUCCUGUGAUUGGCGGCUGUGUCGGCGCCACCACCACCACUCCUUCCUUCAUUUCCUCCGCUUUCUCCACCUCAUCGGCCGGCAGCGGAGGCGGCGGCAGAGGCCGCGGAGGCUCCAGCAUAUUCCAGUUUACCGACGACGGCAUCGGAAAUCCCGAACCUGAGAACUCCAAAGAUGAAUCCCCAACAAACCCAUCUCUACCGGGGCAAGGCCAUGGCCGUGGCAGAGGUAAACUUAUCCCUUCCUCACCUAUUCUCCCUUCAUUCUCUUCCUUUGUGAACAAUGACGCCGUCUCUCGUGGCCGCGGCUACGGGCCCAUAAACACCUCCCCUCCUUCGCCGCAACCCCAAGAACCUGAACGCGCUCGACAACAACCUGCAGUGAAACCCAAUGAUGGAAAACCCUUCUCGUUCAUCAGAGGUGACGCCCACGAUGAUGAAACAUCAGCUGUGUCCACUAGGUCCGGAAACCCACAAGAGAGAAGUCUUCCUUCCGACAUAAUUGAUGUUUUACCUGGGGCGGGCCGUGGGAAACCCAUGAAACCGCCUGUGGUUCCUGCUCAGAGGUCCAUUUCAGAAAAUCGCCAUCUUCGUCCUCGACAACAGUCCAAACCUCGUGUGGUUAAUGCUGAGGAUAGGGCAAACUAUAAGAGCUCUCCACGGGAGAAAUUGAGCACAGAGGAGAAAGUGAAGAAGGCAGUGGACAUAUUGUCGAGGGGAGAGGAGGAUGGUGGUGCAAGAGGGAGAGGUGGGUUCAGGGGAGGUAGAGGCGGGCGUGGAAGUCGAGGAAGAGGAAGAUUUGGUGGAAGAGGUGGAAGGGGACAAGAUAGAUAUCAGGAUUCUGAUGACGAGCCUGGUGGGCUUUACCUCGGUGACCCUGCUGAAGGAGAGAAGUUAGCUCAGAAGCUUGGCCCUGAAAUCAUGAAUAAAUUGGUCGAUGGAUUUGAGGAAAUGUCUAGCAGGGUUUUGCCUUCCCCUGUGGAUGAUGCUUAUUUGGAUGCACUUCACACUAACUUAAUGAUUGAAUGUGAACCAGAAUACCUGAUGGAAGAGUUUGGCACAAAUCCAGAUAUUGAUGAGAAACCUCCAAUUUCUCUUAGGGAUGCACUUGAGAAAAUGAAGCCAUUCCUCAUGACAUAUGAAGGGAUUCAGAGUCAAGAAGAGUGGGAGGAAGCCAUUGAGGAAACCAUGAAAAAUGUUCCUCUUAUGGAAAAAAUUGUAGACUACUAUAGUGGACCUAAUAGAGUUACUGCUAAGCAACAGCAACAAGAGCUAGAAAGGGUAGCCAAGACUAUCCCAGAAAAUAAGCCCGCUUCUGUAAAGAAUUUUGUCAAUCGUGCCGUCCUUUCUCUGCAGAGCAACCCAGGUUGGGGAUUCGACAAGAAAUGCCAAUUUAUGGACAAGCUAGUAUUGGAGGUUUCCCAGCCUUCUAAAUAA